UCAUCAGUCAUUCGGAAUACGUUCGCUGAGUCCGAAGCUCACUAAAGUUGUUAGUCUCUCUUAUAAAUUUGCUCUGCUUGGAUAAAUUUUCCUCAUUUAAUGUACUAUUAACGAGUUCACAAACAACAGCAUUACCGACAAAUUCAAACACACACAUUCACAACACCCAAAACAUUGGGCAUAUUCUAUAUUUCUGUUGCAAAAUGUUCUAUUGUUUAUAACUGUGACAUUUUUGGUUGUUAUCUGCAGUGAAAUAAAUAAUGUGAUAUUUUUGUUAAUAGCGAAAUUUGUAUUGAUUAAAUUAGCGCACAUAGCGAGAGAGAGAGAGAGAGAGCGAGAGUUCUCAACGAGGCGAAUGAGAAACACAAAGACGUACAAACAGUGUGAUAUGGUGGUGAUGAUGCGGGCGACGUGAAUCAUUUUGAUGUUAUAGGAAAAGCACCAACAACAACCAAAAAAAAAACUGCUCAACAACAAAAGCUAUUACUAUCAUACGUGUAAAUAGUCGAAAAAAAGGGAAUUACGACAGACAUUCAAAAAAUAGAAAAGGAACGAGGAUAGAAAAAGAACACAAUAGAACAUAUGAUGUGUUGAAACAAAAGAUCCUAUGAAAAUAGGGAAAUGAAAAGUUAAGUGAUGAAUAUUGAAAAUGAAAGCGCACACAAAGGCAUGUUGUGAAAUAAUUUGCAUGCAUAGAAAUUAGGUCAGAUAUUAGUUUAAAAAAAAAAUUGUGGUGGCAAACCGAGCGAAGUGCAGAAAAGACAGCAAAAUAUAGCGAAAACAAAUAGAAGAGGAGGCACGCAGAGCACAUAAUAUAACCAUAUUAGCACAACAAGGGUGAUAGAGUAAAAUUUUAUACGCAGUGAAGUGGUUAAAAUUUAUUGGAUGCAAUUCUAGCGAUAUUGGCGACACCAAGAAAACGCUUUAUAGACUAUAUCGGCGACAACGACGAUUCACACGCUCAUAAAAUUAUAAUAAUCAUAUAAAAAAAGAAGCAUCGGCAACGAGAUGGUGGACGAAUUAGCGUGCAUUGCAGACGACGAUGAUUUUGCAUCGUUAAAGCGUUUAGUUGAUACAGACGAUGGUUGGACGCUUGAAGUAUGUAAAGCAAAUACAUUGGUUUGGACACGUACAGUGCCUGGUUGCAAUUUUCAAAUGGUUAAAAUAAACUCGCGAUUUGAAGACAUCGAUCCAGAUUGUGUGUUCGAUGUAUUGCUCGAUCCAGACUAUCGCAAAGAAUGGGAUACACACAUGUUGGAAAGUUUUGAUAUUGGCAAUUUUAAUGUGAACAACGACGUCGGAUACUAUGCAAUGUCUUGCCCACCGCCAUUAAAGCCUCGAGACUUUAUUUUGUUGCGGUCAUGGUUGGAUACAGGACCAAGGGGUGAACAAAUGCUUCUAUCGCGUUCCAUCAUGCACAAGGAUUAUCCGCCAAAAAAGGGAUUCGUACGGGCUGUUUCGCACAUAACUGGAUUUGUCAUACGCCAACAAACACGUGGCGGUUGCCGUGUUGGUUAUCUAGCACAUUGCGAUCCACAAGGCACUUUACCACCUUGGCUUGUUAAUAAAGUAACACAUUCGUUGGGACCACGUAUGGUUAAGGAUUUACGAAAGGCGGCAUUGGGUUACAAAAAAUGGAAAAAUGCACAAACACAUCAACGUAAACCGUGGCGCUUCCCAGAGGAAAUUAUUACUCCUCGUAUUUCUGUGUUGGAUUGUCAAAUUCCUGAAUCAUUUAUAAAUAGUAGAAAAAAUAGCGCCAUCGAAUCGUUGCCAAGUUCACAAUCGACAUCGUCAUCAACAAAACCAGAAGAGCGACGCAAGAAACGCGGUGGAAGCCUGCGAAAAUUUCACCGUAUGCUACCGAAACUACCAACCGAUAAAUAAAGGCAUCGCACAUCACUUGAUUCUUGAUUCAGAAUAAAAAUGGUUAUUGGCAUCAUUGAAUUUAUGAUUUGUUGAUUUCAGCAGCACCAGAAGCAUCCAAAACCUUUCAAAAUUUCUUUUUGCGCUUCAUGCUCUGAAAAACUUUUUAUUCGAUCUGGUAAUUGAGUAAAAAAAAAGAAUCUGCUUGAGUGACGGAAAAUUUGGCGCUAUAUCUCAUAUAUCAUAUUUUUUUGGGCAAUUGCAAAAAUAUUGUCGAUUACUUUGCAUACGUAUACUUUUGCAAUGAAUAAUGCAUGAGCGCACAAGGUAAAUAAUAAGCUAAAACAUACCAAAACACACACAAAUACAGAGAUACACAAUACAGCAGCAACUGGGUCUAUCAUUCCGGUUGCGGAGAUUUGACAUCAGCCAAAGCACACAUUUGUCGAACAUGAAAUGUGAAAUAUGGAUUCAUUAUUCUUCAUCUUCAAUUCAUCAUCAACAUAAUCAACGACUCUGUAUAGAAUUGCUUGAACAAUUUGUAUCAAUCCAUUUGCAUAUAUUUCAGGAAUCGGAUACCUCAUAUACAUGGCUGCAGGCGAUUCAAACGAAUUUGCAUUCAGAAAAUGGAAUUUCUUUUUUAUUCGUCUGUUUAUGCCGCUUUUAUGCGGUUUUUAUCUUUGGAAAAUGGUCAGAUUUUAAUGAGAUUUAUUCGAUUGGCGUGCGGUUCAUUAUUGCAUCAGAAAACCGCUUUUGAAUAAAUCAAAAGCGAAUACUAAUGAAACAUUUGUUGGCAUUUAACAAAGAUUAUAGACAUCUUAAAUGUUUGCUGUUUUCUCAAUCAAUAUCAUGACAUAGAGUCUAUUUAGCGAUGCAUAGCUUUUCAAUAAAGUUAAUGAUUUGAAAGUUGGGUGAAACAAUGAUGAUUUGAACACACAAGUACAGUUUUUUCCGGUUGUGUAAAAUAAAAACAAAUAUCAAUGAUCAAUCUCAUUUGAAAUUCUAAGGUGUAUAUUAACAAUUUAUAUUAAUUACUAUAAUUAUAGACCUUAAGUAAAGUUGUUGUUUUUUGUUUUUUGUUUUUUGCCAAUAUCAAUAUAUAUGUAUACCUAUAUUAAUGAAAUUCAGGUUCUAUCAACUGCUAUUUUCUGUAUAUCUGUAUCUGUACUGUGUCGAAUACCAAUGACUUUAUUAACGAUAAAACAGGGUCUCUGUGAACAAAACCCAUGUGCACAAAACACAUUACUUGUCUCAUGGAACAUCAUAAAACCUUUUUAGUCUAUUUUUCGCUAUCUCUCUUUCUAUCGAAAAAUACAUUUCAGUAGAUAAAAAAAUAGAAUCCAGAGAGAUUGAGAAAAAGAGAAAUCAAUUCAUCAAUGCGCCUUUUCUUCCCCUUUUUCCACUUACUCUCAAUUUUCUACGAUAUUUUUAAACUUCAUCUAAUUUUAAAUGAUGAAAUCAACAUAAAAUUGAAUCUAUCAAAAAAAAUGAAAACAAUUGGCUGUCAUUAGUAUCUACAAAAAAAUAUAUGAAUAUUUGAAGGAGAGAAAAAAAACAUAAAAUUCAUCAUCCAAAGAGUAAUUUAUCAAAUUGAACAAUAAUAAACAGAUGCAUUGGCCUAGGUGUAUUUUUAUUGAAAUAAAUAGUUAAAAUUCCAUAUUUAUUAUUAUGAAAGUUGCUUCCAUAUAUAUUUAUAUUAAAUUUGCGUAAAACUCGCACAUAAAUAAUCAUAAUUUUAUUCAAAUAUGUUUGUGAAAAUUGAAGCAAGCAUCAGCAGCGAUAGCAACACCAUUUGUGCAGCAUUUAAAUGGAAUUUUUAAGUUAGCUGGGAGUCACAGUGUGUGCAAGGACUCGGUGUGUUAUCCAUCUCUAUAAAUGAUUUAACGAAUGUAAUGAAAUGUUGAAAGUGUUCCCACCGGGGAAUUUCUUUUUCGAUGGAUAGAGACACAUUAAUCAAAGUUAUUCUAGAUAAUAUUUAGCUGUUUAGUUCGUUUCCCUGGGAAUACACGGGAAAAUAUUUGUUUUAUGGAAUUAUAUUUUUUCUUUCGUUGGCUGAAAAUAUAUUCCUUUGAACUUCAAAAAUUCGAAAAAAGUAUAUGCGAAUCAAAGACAACAACAUCAUUAGUAUUAGUGUGCUUCCAAAAACAAACAUAUUUUUUACCAUCCAUUGAUGCCAAUACAGAAGAUUUUACCGAAAUUUCCUAUUUCCAACCAUUCCAUAUAAGCGUUAUGCUAAAUAUUAACUGUUCAUAUUCUAUAUAAUUUUUGUUUUUAAAUUAAUAGUCACAUUUCAUUAAUCGAAUUACUCCACAGAAGUUUUGCAUUUAAUUACAAUUUUCAUGAAUAUUUUAUAUCCAUAACACGUUCGUAUUCAGUUUCAUUGCCAUUCCCUCUAUCAUCCCAAACAGCGCCUCUUUUCUCACAUUUGAGCUUCAUUUUAGUACCACAACGAAUGACGAAAGCACAAUAACGACUACGAAGCUCAAUCGAAUUUGUAAUGAAAAUCUUAAUUGUUUUUAAUUUGAUGACAAAAAAAUAACUAAAAACAAAUUUAAACAAAACAAAUGUUGUUCUCUGAUAUUAACAACUAUAUUAUAUAUAUCAUCAAGUAGCAUUUAAGAUUUUAAAGAAGCCAAGAGCAUAAAAAACUAAAAGAAAGUGACAUGAUUCAGAGAUAUAUAUAUAAAAAAACAAUCAAUUAAUUUAAACAGAUGAAAGAUUUAAUUGAAAAUUUGAUGAAAUAAAGAUCUGUAGAGAAUGAACGGGAAGUAGAGGAAUGAUAAUCACAUUCCGUUUGGAAUCCAGGUCAAUCUCACAGAGAAGAAUAGAAUAUAUAUUGUACGAUAUAGCUGAUAUCAAAUCAGAUGAGUUGUUGAAAUAAAAUUAUGCGUGUUAAAUA